GAAUGAGAUGAGGUGUGAAUAAGGUCCCCGUGAUGAUUAUUAUUAUUGCUCAUCAGUUGGUGACGACGACAUGAAUAAUUACUAGUGCAUGGUUUUAUUUCAUUACUAUUUUACUGUCCACCUCACAAAUCAUGCCAACACUGCGUUGCACUCGUGUAGAAAAAUCAGCAAGCAUUAGCAGGGAUUUGUAAUUGCAAUUCUUUUAGUUCACCAGAAUCACGUCGUGUUGGUUAAUUAACAUUUUACGGAAGGAAUAUUAAGGACUUAUCAUGAGUGAAAAGCUAUUCAAAGUGAUCAUUAUCGGCGAUCCGACCGUGGGAAAAACUUCCUUCGUCCAACGCUAUGUCCAAGACUCGUUUAAACGGGACUACAAAGGGACAGUGGGGGUGGAUUUUGCUCUCAAAAUUAUAAAAUGGUCAGAGAAUCAGACUGUGAAGUUACAACUUUGGGACAUAGCUGGUCAAGAGAGGUUUGCCUGGAUGACGCGAGUCUAUUUCAAAGAUGCAAACGGAUGUGUAAUAAUGUUCGACUUGAAUAACAAAAACUCUUUUCUGAACACUCUCAAGUGGAAAAAGGACGUGGAAUCAAAGUGCACACUUCCCGACGGGAGCCCAAUUCCCUGCAUGCUCUUGGCCAACAAGUGUGACGCUCCAGCCAGAGAAGUCGAACAAAUGGAGAUUGAAGAUUUUUACAAGGAAAAUAAUUUCAUCGGAUGGACAGAAACUUCGGCGAAAUCGGGGAUAAUGGUGCACGAUUCGAUGAGGUUUUUAGUGGAGACGAUGCUGCGCCAAUCUGAUGGAUGCAAAAUCGAAACCAAUGAUAACUCAUUUAAUCUAAAAUCCACAGCGCCUGAGAAAAGUUCAUGUGGUUGCUAAUGUUCAACAAUUCUUAUUAUUUUAUUUACGACGUGGAUCCGUAUUGUAUUUCCCAUUUGAUCCGAUCAAUCAUCAACGCGUAAACAAAGGAUCCAUAAUAUUUAUGUCAACGUGCAACUGGAUCUGGCAACGUGUUCCAUGAAUCCUUCCCAUGCUGCGUAAACAAUGUGCUCAAAAAAGAUAAGCAUAUAUCAUUACAAAUUCGGGACGAGUCAGCAUACAUAUGAUGCCACUUACUUACAAUAAUACAUAUUACUUAUGACGAUAAUAUGACAAUUAAUAAUAUUACUUACAAAUUGAUUUAAGAAAAUCUUAAUUUAAUUCUUAAAAAGAUUCAAGUCAACCCAAACAAUUUUACAAAUGUAUAUAUUUUUAAUUAUCAAAUGUAUUUAAUUUUACAAGGUGCUGUAAACCUAACGAUUUCUGAUAACAAUGAGCACAACCAGAACAUA